UCGCUCAAUUUAGGAGAAUAAAAACGAAGAAAUUUCUCCAAAACAUUUGAAAAUGUCGGCAGCAACGGCGGGAAAAUCAAGCUCGAAGAAGCGAGGCAGUGAAUCAGAUGUUUCGAAAUCGGAGAAGCUGAAGCGAGUCGUCAUUGAAGAUGAUUUCGACGCCGAUCUCUCCAAUGAUAUUAAAGGAAUUAUGACGGCUCUGCAGCAAAUUAGGCAGAAAGCUCAACAGGACGGCCAGAAGAAGAACGAAGAAACUAUUUCCAGUGUGGCAUCAGAGAUCAAGUCAAAUCUUGAUGAGUUGAGAACAAAGCUUGAGAAGGACAGGCAAGCUUUUGCUAAAGCACUAUCAAAGAGCUCAAAAGAGUGUGAAAAUUUGUUGAAGAAUGAAUCUACCAAGUUUCAAGCAGUGUAUGAGAAUUUCUGCAAGGAGAAAACUGUACAUGUGCAGGGUUUGAAGGACGCAAUUUCCAAGUACGAGGAAGAAAAGGAAAAAUUAUUCAUGCGAUAUGAACAAUUAAGGAAGAAAGAGAAGAGUAUGAUAGCUGAACUUGAGAAAGCCUGUGCAAGUAGAAUUACUGACUUGGAGGAGUCGCUGAAGAAGAAGAAACAGGAUGACAAAACUUUUAGCAUUCUGAGAAAGACUCUAGGUUCUUUUCUGGAUAAUGCUUCUGAUGAAGACUUCCCACCAGAUGAUUGAAAUUUUGUCGGAACAGUUGUUUGCCACUUUUACUGACCCCGAAAUGACAAAAAAAUAGCAGUUCUUUCUGUUUUUUGGGUUAAAUCUUAUAUGUAGCUCUCUUCCUCCUAAACACACGUAAUACCCUAUCCUUUUCCUCUAUGCAUUUUGUACAGUAUAUUGGGAUGUUACCAGAUAUUCGUCCAGCUCCCAGUGUUGCCAUAGUUGUGAGUUCAA